AUGAUCAUUUCGAAGGAGAACCGUCGCACAAUCUACACUGCGCUCUUCCAGGAGGGUGUGCUUGUGGCCCCGAAGAACUUCGAGAUCAAGCACCCUAACCUCGAUGUGCCGAACCUUGAGGUCGUGAAGGCUAUGCAGUCGCUCACCUCGAAGGGCUUCGUGCACACUCGCUUCAGCUGGCAGUGGUACUACUACGUGCUCACUGAUGAGGGUCUUGAGUACCUCCGUGAGUACCUGCACCUUCCUUCGGAGAUUGUGCCGGCCACCCACAAGCGCCCGGCUCGUCCCCAGCGUGCCGUUGUCGGCGACCGUGAGGGCUUCCGUGGCAACCGCGGUGGUGACCGCGAGUACCGCCGCCGCGGUGACUUUGAGAAGAAGGGUGACGCCCCGAGCGGUGGUUUCCGCCCCCGCUUCGGCCGCCAGGAGUAA